AUGGAUCCGAUGCCAUUUACCCCCCUUAGCCCCUAUGAAACAAAAAUUAUUUGGGUUUCCGUCGGUCCAGUUGGCAAACAGAGGACAUUCGGUGCUCAUCUGGGGAUCCUCAGCCAGUCGCCCUCCCUCAUCAGGAAGAUAUGUCCUGCAACAACAGCCAAAGGUCGUAGUCUCUCUUUAGACGAUAUAAAUCCGGUGGUUUUUGAACUGGCCCUAAGGUUCCUGUAUGCUGGAAACUACCAGGUUUGUUCGUAUAGCUCCACAAUCCUACCGACGCCAGAGGAUAGCGCCCUGUGCUCCGACGUCGGCUUGGAUUUUGAAAUCCAUUCUCUUGUCUACUGCUUCGCCCGGGAAUAUGCGAUAGACAGGCUUGCUGCGCUUGCCAUAGGAUAUAUCAAAAACAUGACGCAAGUUCCAUAUUGGAAGAUCCUCGACGUUGCGAAGAAGGUGUACCCAAAACUCCACGACGACGACGGAAAUGACAUGUAUCGAGCUAAGUUCAUGCAUGAGACGAGGCGCGCGAUGAAAAACAAUUUUAACCUUGUCCGGGAGACUUGGCUUCUUGACGUCUUUAAAAAUGAACAUGGCAAUUUGACUGUUGAUUUAUUCACAACACUAACCGAACCACUGAUUAUGGAAGAGCGCAAAUCGCUCGCUCUUGAAGACCAACAGUCAUUUGAAGAUACCAGUGAGCAACAUCAAGUGGACGAACCGCUAAGUCCGUCCCAAACUAAUUAUGAGAAAGGGGAAACGAUGCACUGGAAUGGUGAUGGGGGCGAUCAUGAAUUUGCAAACCAUAUUCCAGAACCACCCGCUGCCCCUAAAGAUGAGGGUCCUCCUCUUUCCCCGCCCCAGCAAGCCAUAUCAAACCCAAACCCAGGUUUCCACGAAGUCGUAUACCGGGGAUAUUCGGAACAACCAGAACUAAAACUAGCCGAUGAGGAAUCUGACUGGCGUUAA